AUGACUCAUAAUUUGAGCAAUGCUAAUAAUAACUGCUCCAUCGAUCAGUUUGAUGAGUCUCAGUUUAAAAUUGUUGCUGGAGUUCGAGCCUUCACUGGUCUACUAUCCCUCAUUUGUGCAGUAUGUGUUAUUUUCAUCCAUAUCGCUCACAAGAAGUACAAGUUCUUUCAUCAGAAGCUAAUUCUCUAUCUAGCUAUCACAGUCAUUCUACGAAGCAUCGCACAUCUACUUUGUCGUCUGGACUAUUUGGAUGGACGCGACCUAAUAGAUGAAGUUCAUUGCAUCUAUAUCGGUGGUUUCUUGGACUUGUACACAUCUUGGACACAGCUCAUUGCACUGGUUUGCAUUGUAGCAAACAUUUUUAGCAACGUCUUCCUAGGACUGGAUAUCUCUAAGGUGAAAUUGUUGCCUCUACUGUUUAUCUUAUUAUUGCCUCUCCUCUGGUGUUGGAUACCUUACACUCUCGAAGCAUUCGGCAUCGAGGGACCAUGGUGUGGUAUUCGUAUACACACUGAAGAAUGUAAGUUCUUUCUCCUUGGAAAUUGGUUGAGAUUUGGACUGUGGGAGAUACCAAUAUUCGUUCUUUUUUUACUAGGAUUUCUCAUUACAAUUGUUGCUGUGGCGGUCAAGAUGCAGAAGGCACAAAAGGAAUGGGUGGGACAUCGAUACGAUGCCAAGAAACAAGAAGCAAAACAAAAAGUGUUGAAAUCGAUCUACCCUCUCAUUUGCUACCCCUUCAUUUUCCUUCUUUUGAAUGUUCCACAUUUAGUUGGAAACCUACACCAGUCGUUCGAAAGCAAAACGAAUGUACUUCCAAUAUGGGUCUUAGAUGCAAUUUUCACUCCAUUAGCCGGAGGAGUGAUUGUCCUAGCGUAUACGUUUGACACUCGCACAAGACAAAAUCUAAAGAAAGGAAACUUGCGUCAAAUUUGCUUGGCCUGCUUCAAGAAUUGUCUGUCAAAGUACUCUUGUAAGGUGAAAGAAAAGACAGUGAAUGAUUAUCAUUGUGAGGCUGAGAACCGAUUUGGGGAUAGCUUGAGUGGAGAGUUUCUAAGGAACACCAUAUACGUUCGUCACCAAAUACAGAAUAGGCAAAUUGAAUCGACGACAAUGAAAUCGAAUCACCUCACUUUUGACAUAAUUUAGUUAGUAGAUCUAAUUAUGUUUUGUGUGCAUGAUCAAUUAUUGUGGCUCAUGUCUGUUGUCAUUCUGGGGAUUUCAAUGCA